AUGGCGAAAUCUAAAGCUGCUAAGCGCAAGCGCAAUGCUCAGAUUGAAAUACCCCAAAAGCUUCCAAAGGCUUCCGCCCUCACACCACCACCGGAUGUCGCACAGGAGCCCACAAACAUAAAGACAAUUGUCUCAGACGAAGAACUCGACAUCACCAUUGAGACGCUUACGACUCUUUCACAGCAUCCCAGCUUGACCAAGUCCAAGGCAUGCAAAGAUAUUCGAGUCGCGGUCUACGAAUUUCGUCAGGCCUGCACUACAGGUGUAAACACAACUGACGGUGCAAACCUCACAGCACGAAUAACCGCAGCUCUCGUCGAUGAGAAAUUUAUCGAAGCGAAGAUUCUCCUUGCCGAGAUGAGGAUCCGAGGUCAACAACCUAAGAUCGGAGCCUUGUGUCGUUGGGUGCGAGAUCUGGAUGUCGUCAGUGGACUGUCUACUCAGCCACAAGAACUUGACCAUACCCCCAUUGAGCGCAGUUCAAGAGAAAUGGAAAUUUUGGGCGUUCUGGACGCCAUUUUACGUGUCAGCACCCCCAUUGAUACCAACCCAAAUGUCGUCAACUCGAUAUCUCCGAUCGCGUUUCAGCCUGUCUGGGACCUGCGUCCCUCGACGGAACCACUCCCCAUCUACGAAUCUGUCCUCGACGAGUCUAUUUUUGCCUACGCACCACAGUCUCCUUCCGCCCUGCGUGUUAUCGAGCGGACCCCCGGCCCAUUGCGGAAACCUCCAAACCACCACCCCGCCAUCCUCUAUACAACGUCUCCCAAUGCAAUCCCGUUGGCUCCCACUAGUCCUUCCAUUAAAUACCACGCACAUCCUGCUGUGCCGGGUCUCGGUCUUGCCAUGAACGUACUCUCUCCCGAAGAGUGUAAAGCAAUUAUCGCCGCCGGUGAAUCAGUCAAUUUUCUACCCGACGCGCCUCUUCGCGAGGAUGGAGACAUGAGUAUCUUGGCUCACAAUUUUUAUUGGGUGAUUGAUACCACUUUCCAUGAUUUACUUUGGGCGCGGGUCUCGCAAUACGUGCCACCAUCUAUCAAUGGACGUCUGGUGCGAGGCAUCAAUCGACGAUUCCGUGUUUAUCGAUAUGUCCCCGGCGCCGAAUACCGGUGUCAUAUUGACGGAGCGUGGCCACCGUCCGGAAUUACGCCCGAUGACACGUAUGUGUACGACUCUUCGCCUGAAGAGAACAAGCAGAGUUCAAUGUACACGUUCCUACUAUACCUCAAUGAUGAGUUUGAGGGCGGAGAGACAACUUUCUUUAUGCCAGCCGCUCAGGAGGGAAAACUCAACGGUUACCCUGUGAGGCCAGUUAUGGGUUCCGUUGCGAUAUUCCCACAUGGAGAGUCAAAUGGGGCUUUGUUACAUGAAGGCACAGGAGUUAGAAAUGGCGCCAAAUACAUCAUUAGGACGGACGUAGAGUAUGAUGUGACACCUUCCAAGGUUUGA